GAACUCAAAGUCAAAUUCAAACAAAGGGAAAAAAAAAAUUGUAUGGUCAAAUUGCAUAGUUUAUGUUGAGUCCUUAGGAAAGGUGCUCAUCAUCAAAACCUACCUCUUUAUAACUACAUAAAACCCAUGACAAUUUGUGCGUCCUUAGGAAGAACAAAACAUAAUAUGGAGCUGAGCAAGAAGCAUUUCAUGUUAAUUUCUUUUUUUAUCAUUCUUUCAUCUCUUGGAAUUGAAGCUACUAAGGAGCCACCAAGAAUUGGCAAUCACUUUGUGCUAAUUCAUGGUUCAUGCCUUGGAGCUUGGUCCUGGUACAAGCUUGUGACACUAUUAAAAUCUUCUGGUCACAAUGUCACUGCACUAGAUUUAGCUGCUUCUGGGAUCAAUCCAUUGCAGGCAAAAGAUCUCCAAUCAAGUUUUGACUAUUUCAAGCCCUUGAGGGACUUCAUGGAAGCUCUUCCUUCUCAUGAAAGAGUAAUCCUUGUUAGUCAUAGCCUUGGUGGCAUGGCAAUUUCUCAAGCCAUGGAAUAUUUUCCAAGUAAGAUCUCUGUAGCUGUUUUUGUCACUGCCUUAAUGCCUGGGCCAACCCUCAACAUUUCCACCCUCAAUCAAAUGUCUUUCAGCCAACAAGGUCCUCUGCUUGACAGUCACUAUAUAUAUGACCAAGGCCCAAACAAUCCUCCAACCACUUUCAUCUUCGGGCCCUUGUACUUGGCAUCAGAUGUGUUCCAACUUAGCCCAAUUGAGGAUUUGACACUGGCCACCUUGUUGUUGAGACCACUACGUUUGUUUAGUGAUGAAGACCUAUCAAAGCAGCUAAUGUUGUCCUCUAAGAAUUAUGGGUCGGUUAAACGGGUUUACAUCAUAUCCGAAAAAGAUAAGGUGGCAAGGAGGGAUCUUCAACUGUGGAUGAUUGAGAGAAAUCCACCCAAUGAUGUGGUGGAGAUCAAAGGAUCUGAUCACAUGGUCAUGAUGUCUAAGCCAAUAGAGCUUUGGGCUCAUCUCCAAGGCAUUGCUGAGAAAUAUUCUUAUCCCAUUUUCUAAUGCAUGGGACAUUUCACUUUCUAGUUUCAACACAACAUUGAAAUCAAGAGAAUACUAAGCUAUAGAUUGCAGCAAAUAAGCCAUUGGUGUUAUGGCACAGGUGAUAAAAUAUCAAUAAGUAUUUCAAGGGUAUAAAUUUUGUCAUAACUUUUUCACUUAUAUUGAAUUGAAUAUGGAUUGAGAUUGUGUUUA